UUCACAAAUUAAUUUCACAACACUAUUUCUAAAGAUUUUUCAAAUUACUCAGCUGAUUUCGAAUUUUGUAUUUUUUACGUUUACUAGACAGUUCAGUUUUCUGACAAAGUCAUAUCGUUAAAAAAAAAUUUCUUUAAACACAAUUUACAAUAGCUUUAUGAAGCCGCUUAUAAUCGAAUUAUAUUCAAACACUACGUCGACUUUAUAAUCAAGUGAAAUGCGCAAAACGAAAUCACCAGCAGUGCCGCCAACACAUGACGUAACACCUUACCUUUCGGUAGAAAGUGUCGAUUCGCCAGUGCGCACGAACAGUGUAGAUCCAACUGUAUAUUUGUCCGCCAUAUCAGCAACACCACAACCAUCACCAGUGCUACAAACGAACAAAAGAAGUCUAGCUACAGCUUCAACCAGCACAGAACCACUCCCUCAACCAGUUACUACAGAGUUUGGCGGGCAGACCACAUCUAGUAUUGUAGAGGUCGCGCAACCCGGUACGGAUUUUGCAAUGCAAACAUCUGCCAGCCUCGACGAUGGUGGUAAAGCGCAUGAGGGAGAUGCGAAUGAGACCACACCCGUUAAAACUGGUAAAUAUAUAGGCGAUGAUGUUGAGAGUAAUAUCACUGAGCUAUCAGCAGAUCGCGUUGAAGCACAUUCAUCGGCAAGUCAAGUGCAUGUAUAUGAUAAUAAGCCAGCUACUGUCGCUGUUGGACGCGUUAAAAAGUUGACGAAGCAACGACCUAAAGCAUCAUCACCGCCCAGCAUUGAGUCAUCGUUUAUAAUGCCUAGACGGUAUCCGUUUUCACCUAAAGUUGAGCGUUCAUCAAAUGAGGAGGCUAGCCUUGAGAGUCAGGCGGCAUUCAGGCAAAAUUUGCUGCCAACUAUUACACCCUACAAAUAUAUGGCGGAUGAUCCGAAUUCAAAUAGGUAUGACAAACGUAUGAGAGCUAGUGAUCCAUCGUUAAAUAACCCAAAUGAACAAAAUGAAUUGGAAAUGCAAGAAACGGAUGAUGUACAACGACCAACCCAAAAUUCCGCCAAGCGAAGUGACAUCAGUUCAUCUUCAUUAUCUAGUGAGCCAUAUUUAGAGUCUGCAUUUCCCACCAAUUUACAACUCGGCGAUGGUUUCCUGUAUAUGACCAUACCACCGGAUGGUGGCUACGGUUGGUUAAUAGUGGUCAUCUCCUUCCUUUGUCAGGUGAUCGUGGAUGGCAUCAUUUUCUCUGUCGGCAUAUUACUGCCUUACAUUGCCGAUGACAUGGGCGAGACGCAAACGACUAUUGUACUUGUCGCUUCGAUACAAGUUGCUUGUUAUUUUCUUGCAGGUCCGGUGGCAAGCGCUUUUAUCAAUAAGUACGGCUUUCGUGUGGUGGCUUUGACGGGCGCUUGUUGUUCAAUUGUUUUCAUAUUGAUCGGGACAUUCAGUCAUAAUUUGGCAAUGUUGAUAUUUUUCUACAGCAUGCUCGGUGGUCCAUCGCUUAGUUUAAUUUGGGUUACCUCACAACUCAUCAUCGGCUAUUAUUUCGAACGAUUUCGUCCCAUAGCCAAUGGUAUCUCAUGCUCGGGCGCCGGUGCUGGUAUCUUGAUAUUUUCCUUUAUGAAUGCGCAGAUUUGUCCGAAAAUUGGUUGGCGUAAUACGUCGCGUUUACAUACAGCAUUGCUGUUGCUCGUAAUACUAAUGGGUAUAACCUUCAUUGAAGUUACACCGACGCGUAUUGCCACCGUGAAGAAAGACGACAAGUCGUCUUCUUCCAGUGAAGAAAGAAUGUCUGUACCUUUUAGCGAGGUACGCUACUCACGGUUUCAACGGUCUUCAACGGUACAAUCAACAUCUAAAGAAAGGGGUUUGGAGCAGAUGAUUGAGGUUUAUGAGCCAAAAAGACAUCGAAAAAUUGAGAAACUAUGUCCCUGCUGCUUUCCGGUCGGGAAAACUCCUACCAAAACCCCUGAAACGCUACGUAGCAUAGGAGAAGAUUCAGUAGCGGAACUAGAUAUGGGACAAAGAGUUCCACCAAAAAGUUUUAUAGUACGCUUGGAUCCCAUAGAGCGUGAAGAUCUCUUCUAUACCGGACCUGCUACCUACGACAGUGAGAUCGAAGUAACAUCCAGACGCACAACCAAUCAUGUAAUCGACAUUGAUCAUCAGCGGGCCAAAACCAUCAAUUACUCCUUAUCGGUUAUGCGUUCACAACGUCACUAUCGAGAACCGAAACGCCGUACAAUUGGUGAGCUGCGAAAUCGUCAUAAAUGGCCCAUUUUGGCUUAUAUAUCACCAGCUAAUUGGAUGCCUGCGAAGCUGCUGAAUGCAUUUUCAAGGCUUUUCGACAUGAAUUUGCUGAAGAUUAUGGAAUUUCGCAUACUACUAUUGUCGGCGUUCUUCUUUCCGAUGGGUUUCAACAUACCCUUUGUGUACUCGAAGAUUCGCGCUGAAGUGGAUCCAUUCAAUGCCAGCCUCAUUUCACCCACCAUUGGUUUGUCCAAUUUCAUCUUUCGCAUUUUAUCCGGAUUUGCUGCCAAUAAAUUUCGCUCACAAACCACUUACUUGUGCGGUGGCGGUAUUGUCUUCGGCGGCGUAGCAACAUUGGCCAGUGCCUUUUAUGGCGCUGAUGUUGUUUGGUUUCAAUAUACAUAUGCCGCGUGUUAUGGUGUGGCGCCAGCAUUCUACUCCACACUGCGCGCCAUCAUCUAUGUACGCGCUCUUGGCUUGGAUAAGCUCACCAAUGCAUUUGGUCUCACCGGUUUGGCUAUGGGUCUGGGCGUAUUUCUGGGCACCACAACCGCUGCGAUACUCAAUGGCUUGACUCACAGUUAUCAUGCCGCCUUUGCAUUCUCGGGCAUGUGCUUGAUUACGGCGGGUGUUCUAAAAUUGAUUUUACCGACUUUCAUGUUAUAUAGAGCUAAACGCUUAAAUAACGCUUGAUUAGUAUAUGUGUUAAUUUAUAAUUAUUAUUCUUUUGUGUUUAUAUGGGAAUAAAGAAAAUG